CUCCCUGGUCCACCUCUCGUCGGUCUCCUGGACAGUCUUGGGAACCCCAUCAAUUGCCUGGUGCUGGCCAGUGCCAAAGGGAGUUGGUCACCUAAAAACUGGGUGAGGUGUGACUCCAGUUCCUCCUGCCAUGUGCCAGACAGUGGAAGGACCCUGGAAAGCCCCCAUGUGAGCAGAAAAGCCACACUAUGGAAAGCCAGCGUCCACAAAGGAGACAGAGGAGUCCUUCAAAUUCGAAUAAAGGGAGAGUGUUCACUGGGGCACAUGCCUGUUAUAAACUCCCAGUCACAUGUUGCACUCUUUAGCCUUCCUGAACUGCCUACCACAUAUUUCCUCCUUAAACAUGUCAUUUUCCCCUAAAGUUCAGAAACUAAGGCUUGUGCAUGGACCCACUGUCUGUUUCAGGAGUCAAAUUGUCUAGGCUCUAACAAGCCUGGGGCUUGAAGUUGGUAGAGACAUUAGGAACUAUUUCAAAGACAUUAACACCCACAUGCAGCCCAUGGAAUUGUUUGGAAAGGCAUUAGCAGACACCUUGCCUAUCAUGUAGUCCAGUGGAUAACUACAUAAGUAGGAGCAGGCUAUGCUAAAGCUUUUCUGCUUAAUAAGCAGAAAAACCCAACCAGUUAAUGAUAAGUCUUUUAAUCUUCAACGCUUAAAAUAUAUUUUAGACAUAUUUAGAACAAUAUUAGAUAAUAUUGAGGAAAACUUCUGAAAUUGUUUAAUGUUCUCACUGAUUACAGGCCACUAUUUUUGCUUCUCCCAAGGAAGGGCUCCUAUCUUCUAAAUAAAGCAUGGAAUUAAAUAGCGUGUAGUGCUUUGCCUCUCGGAGGGCUUAAAUUUAGCUUCAUGCAGUGGAACAGAAGUCACUCUCACGGUUACGUAGCGACAGGCCCACAUUCCCCAUUCCCGCUGGGAGCAGCUCUCCUGACGCAGGAAAGCAGGACACGCAGCGAAGGGCAGGAGCUACGCACGCCGCUACCAAGGAAACAGGGAUUUUGAACGCGGCCAAGGAGCAGCGGGCAGGUGGCGGGGAAGGUUAAACACCAGCCGCUCUUUCCCAGUGCCCGCCGUCCGGCAGCGCCGCCGCGUCCCGCCCGCCGCGCUCCAGGGGCGGAGCAGGAAACCGGGCGGCGGCGGCGGCGCUCCCGCGGCGCGGCGGGACCCGCCUGCGUCACACGCAGGCCGCUGCUGCUUGGUGACGUCAGUGCGCCGCCGGGUGACGUAUGAACGGCGGCGGGGCGGGGGGAGGAGGCCUCGGCGGCGGCGGGGCCGGAAAUGGUCCAGUUGUUGCUGUGCAGCUGGAUGUUGCUGAAUAAGAUUUCUAUGAGCUUGCUGUUCAAUCUGUCUGCUGUUCAGAAUGGCGAAGAACCCUAAUUUCCCGGAAGCGGGGAAUCUGCCUACAGGCUACGCGCACUGCAGGUCUUCAGACAGCUUCCCUGGCUACCAGUAUCACCAUCCCUCCAAGAUGAGUAACAGCCACCCACUUCGUCCAUACACAGCUGUGGGGGAGAUCGACCACGUCCACAUUCUGUCAGAGCAUAUUGGUGCUCUAAUGAACGGGGAAGAAUACAGUGACGUUACCUUUAUUGUGGAAAAGAAGCGUUUUCCAGCACACAGAGUGAUCCUGGCUGCUAGAUGCCAUUAUUUCAGGGCAUUAUUGUAUGGAGGAAUGAGAGAAUCUCAGCCUGAAGCAGAAAUUCCUCUUCAGGACACCACUGCAGAAGCAUUUACCAUGCUGUUGAAAUACAUUUACACUGGUCGUGCUACACUACGAGAUGAGAAAGAAGAGAUUCUUCUUGACUUCUUAAGCCUAGCACAUAAAUAUGGAUUCCCAGAACUGGAGGAUUCCACGUCUGAGUAUCUUUGCACAAUACUUAAUAUUCAGAAUGUCUGUAUGACUUUUGAUGUGGCCAGUCUUUAUUCUCUUCCCAAAUUAACUUUUAUGUGCUGUAUGUUCAUGGAUAGAAAUGCCCAAGAGGUGCUCUCCAGCGAAGGCUUCCUGUCACUUUCUAAGGCUGCUCUUCUAAGUAUUGUUCUGAGAGACUCAUUUGCAGCUCCUGAAAAAGACAUUUUCCAAGCUUUGAUGAACUGGUGUAAACAUAACCCCAAGGAAGACCAUGCUGAAAUCAUGCAAGCAGUACGUUUGCCACUAAUGAGUCUAACAGAGCUACUGAAUGUUGUAAGACCUUCUGGAUUGUUGUCACCUGAUGCCAUCCUAGAUGCCAUUAAGAUUCGUUCUGAGAGUCGGGACAUGGACCUCAACUACAGGGGCAUGCUAAUACCAGGGGAGAAUAUUGCAACAAUGAAGUAUGGAGCACAAGUUGUAAAGGGGGAGCUGAAGUCUGCUCUGUUGGAUGGAGACACUCAGAACUAUGACCUGGAUCAUGGAUUCUCUCGACACCCGAUCAACGACGACUGCCGCUCCGGAAUUGAGAUUAAACUAGGCCAGCCCUCAAUAAUCAACCACAUACGAAUUCUGCUCUGGGACAGAGACAGUCGGUCUUAUUCCUACUACAUUGAGGUGUCCAUGGAUGAGUUGGACUGGAUUCGGGUCAUCGAUCACUCAAAAUACCUCUGUCGGUCCUGGCAGAACCUGUAUUUUCCUGCCCGUGUUUGCAGAUAUAUCCGAAUUGUUGGGACCCACAAUACAGUGAACAAAGUUUUCCAUAUUGUGGCAUUUGAAUGCAUGUUCACGAACAAAUCCUUUACUCUUGAGAAAGGUCUGAUAGUUCCCACUGAAAAUGUUGCAACAAUUGCAGACUGUGCCAGUGUGAUUGAGGGUGUAAGUCGCAGUCGCAAUGCCUUAUUGAAUGGAGACACAAAAAACUAUGAUUGGGAUUCUGGGUACACAUGCCACCAGCUUGGGAGCGGAGCUAUUGUGGUGCAGCUGGCACAGCCCUACAUGAUUGGAUCAAUACGGUUGCUGCUUUGGGACUGCGAUGAUCGGAGCUACAGCUACUACAUUGAGGUUUCAACAAAUCAGCAGCAGUGGACCAUGGUGGUGGAUCGCACAAAAAUUUCCUGCAAAUCCUGGCAAACAAUCACUUUUGAUAAACAGCCUGCAUCUUUUAUCAGAAUAGUUGGAACUCGCAACACAGCUAAUGAGGUGUUUCACUGUGUGCAUUUUGAGUGCCCAGCACAAAACAGUACCCACAAGGACGAGAGUAGUAAGGAAGUAGGAACAACAGAGGUGGGGACUAGUGGACAGUAGCUUGUUUCUUGCCCUGUUGGAGCUGCAAGCACCUGCUGCCCUGCAUUCCCCUCCUGGAUCCACCUCACAUCCUCAUGUUCAGCAACCAUAAAGGAGGUUGAAAGGGAGCUUUUGCAGCCCCACUGACAUUCUAUGAAAUUAUUCAGAACCUUCUUGUGCUGGCACCUUUCUUUCUCCAUGAAUGAAGGGGACCAUGUCUGAAAGCUGGAAAUAUUGAAAUGGAAAAGGCUUUCUCCCAAGGACAUGAAGAGACUGUCGCACUCUCCUCGAUAUGUUCAAAUCAGGCUGGUCUCCAAGGGGGGAGAAAAUAGGUCUUCAAUCUUCAUCAAGUACCCCAUUAACACCCUACCUCUCUAAUCUAACCAAGGCAAGGAAAACAGAAGGGAAUAAAAGGCAGAGCUACAGUGGAAAUCUAAAAUUACUCAAGCCGAAUGGAAAGCAUAUGAAAUAAGUAUUUGUUCCGUGGAGGCUUUUAUUAGCAAAAAAAUUGUUUAUGGAACACAUCAGUCCACAAUAUAUUUUAUUUUUAAAGUGAUUCUUCAUCCAUAUUCCUUUGUAACUAGUAAUCUGUUUUCUAAAUAAUUUUGAUUCU